UCUUUGUCAGAAGAAUUAAUUUCUCUUAGAUCAAAAGCUCAUAGGAAAACAUCAGCUUCUUACUGCUUUGAAAACAAUUCACGUCCUUGAACAACUAUGGUUGGGGCGGUGCUAAAACUUAUUUGCACGGAACGGAAGUGAAAUAUUUAUGAACAGAGCAGUUCCGGUGUGUAGUUCAUGGCGUGCAAGUACCAGGGAAGAGAGCGGGAUAAAAAUGACACCAGUUAAAGAUGGGUCAGGACCAGACCUUAUUGACAGGACAAUAAGAAUGAGAAGGGAGGAGCAAGCAAGGAAGGUGGUCUUGGCCUGGGGUGUUCUCAAUGUCUCCCUGGCGGGAAUGAUUUACACUGAAAUGACUGGAAAGAUGUUGAGCAAAUACUGUAACAUCACCUACUGGCCUCUUUGGUAUAUUGAGCUUGCCUUUGCCUCUUUGUUCAGCCUUAAUGCCUUGUUUGAUUUCUGGAGAUACUUCAAAUACACAGUGACUCCUUCCAGCUUUGUUGUGAGUCCUGAACAGCACAGAUUACUCGGUCUCAGGCACUCAGGCAUACAGGCAUCUCCUCCUCAGAAGCCAGAAAACCAAGAGAAACCUUCCCCUACACAGUCCUCCCCCGUUCAAGGCCAGAGCGUGCUGAGUUACAGCCCCUCCCGGGCACCCAGCGCAAGUCCCAAGUUCUCCACAGGUUGUAUAACAGGAUACAGCCCUCCUUUGCAAAGUCCUUCCCCCACAGGCAGUGGCUCAUACUCCUCGUCUGUGGCCUAUUCAGCAAGCAACAGCUUUAGCAAGGUGGUGAGCUAUAGUCCGACUCCAGGUUCUCCUCCAUAUCCCAGCAGUAUUGGACCAGCAGAAGGCUCUAAUCUUCGGUCUCGCUAUCGCACUUCACCCACUGUGUUCAACUCUCCUGGUGGGAAAGAGGAUUACAUGGCAGACCUCAAGUCACUGGAGAUGUUCCUACGUUCUGAAGAAGAAAAAAGGCAUCGCAGCCAGCUCGGAAGUCCAGAGGCUGUUUCCCCUUCAAACAGUCCAACAUUUUGGAAUUACAAUCGCUCUGUGGGAGACUAUGCUCAGACCCUGAGGAAGUUUCAGUACCAGCUAGCCUGCAGGUCCCAGGCUCCUUCAGCAAACAAAGAUGAGACUGAUCUGGGGUCCAAACAUGCUGCUGAAGAGGUCUGGGCCAGGGUUACAGUGAACCGUCAGCUGCUGGAUCGCAUUGAUUCCUGGACUGCAAAGCUCAGAAAUUGGAUUAAUGAGACUAUUCUGGUUCCUCUGGUGAAAGAGAUUGAUUCUGUGAAUACUCUGCUGCGGAGAAUGGGGUGUCCUGAACUGCAGACUGGAGAGGCCAGUAUCAGCAGUCUUAAACAAGCAGCCCUUGUCAAAGCAUCCUUGAUCCCAACAUUGAAUGCUAUUGUGCAGUAUCUGGAUAUCACAUCUAAUCAGGAAUAUCUGGUGGAACGAAUCAAAGACUUGGCGCAUGGUGGGUGUAUGAGCUCAUUUCGAUGGAAUGGAGGAGGUAAUUUGAAGGCAAGGAAAUGGGACACUGACCUGCCUACAGAUUCUGCAAUAAUUAUGCAUGUGUUGUGCACUUAUCUGGACUCGAGACUACCCCCUCAUCCCAAAUACCCUGAUGGAAAAACAUUCACAUCCCAGCAUUUCAUACAAACGCCUGACAAACCAGAUAUGUCAAAUGAGAACCUGUUUUGCAUUCAUCAAAGUAGUAUUAACCCUCCACACUACCAACUCAUCUACCAGGGACACAUCUACAAUCUUCCAAAGGGUAGAAACAAUCUGUUCCAUACAGUCCUUAUGUUCUUGUUUGUUAUAAAGACUAAGGAAUCUGGAAUGUUAGGAAGGGCAAAUCUUGGCCUAUCUGGAGUAAACAUCCUGUGGAUAUUUGGUGACUAAUGUACUCUGUGCUGCUGUUCCUGAGUUUGUGUUAUUACUUGCCUAUAAUAGGUGGAUUAGAAUCUGUAUUCAUGGUAUGAGUUUGUUCUUGAGAUCAUAAAGCGUAAGGAAUGGAGAUUUUCAAGGCAAUUAUUGCUAUAUAACAGGAUUUAUACCAAUGUAUAAUAUAUGCAGCAACCUGCUGACUUUGGGCUAGAUUCACAAAGCUAUUCACUCCAAAUCACAUUUCUGAAAGGAAAAACACACAAUAAAUUUAACAAACAAGAAAUGAACAACUUACUUUAGGGGCUUGUAAGUAUUUGCAAUGUUAUGUUUUUCCUUUCAGAAAAAAGUUUUGAGUAUUAUUGGUUCAUUGCUCUAAGAUAGGUUACUUCCACAUGUAAAGACAUAAAUGAAAGGUUUUCUUGCCAUUUUAAAUGUCACUUUUAUCCAAGAUUGAAUUAUUGCUUUUCAGUAGUUAAUAUUUGUAUAUACGAAUGUAACUUUUACAUGCUACUGGUACUUAGUAUAUUUAUUGUAUAGUUCAAGUACACCCAUUUUCCUUAAGGAAUAGAGAAAUGUAACUAAACUUGAUUUGAAGAUAACCAUAGGUCUGCUGUCAGUUUAGAUUUAUUUUUUAAUAACAGAACUGUCAGUCUGAUCUAAGUUAAGAACAUUUAAAAGUGGGUGAUGUAAGUACUUGUUUUAAUAAACAUCUGUUUUAUUUUUCCUUUAUUUUACGGAAAGCUUCAUACAUUUAGCACUGACGGAAGCAGACUUUUCUACAGAACAAUAUCAGUUUUUUGUUUUCUAUAUGGAAACAUGGUACUUUAACUAAAACUCAAGUACUAUUGAACUUGAGCUGUUGGUUACAGUUUGUUUUCUUUUGAAGUUUUGUCUGCUUCAACAAAAAACAUAAAAGUCUGAUCACACCAACUACAAUACAUGGGAUGGGUUUGUUUGUUUGCUGGGUUAGUAUCAAAUAUCUUUAUUGCAACAACAAAAAAAUAUAUAUAUGUAAACCAAUUGCUUUGGAAAUCAGGUCCUCUUCUGUUUGUGGAGGUUUCUGGUUCAGUUCAUUCUAAAUAAUUUCAGAUACUGUCAUGAAAUUGUUUAAUCUUUGUGUGAACUUUGCUUUCAUUGUAUUAACAAAAUUGCAACUGAAAUAAGCAUACCUGCAUACAAACCUAUUUAUUUAUAUUCUUGGGAAUUUAUUAAAAAAAAAAAAAAAAAAAAAAAAAUUAAACAGUAUUCUGUUUUGUAUGGAUAAAAUUGCAAACCAGAUUUAUGUUCAUUAAACACAUGUGAACAGC